CAGGUACAGGAGAUGUCUACUGCUGCUCUUGGGUAUCACAAGGUUGUGAAAGAGAACAGGAACCUAUACAACAUGGUUCAGGAUUUAAAAGGGAAUAUUCGAGUUUAUUGCAGAAUUAGACCUGCCUUCAGUGCCAAAACAAGAAAUGUGAUAGAUUUUAUUGGAGAAGAUGGGUCAUUAGUGGUUCUUGACCCAUUGAAAACCCAAAAAGAUGGGAGGAAAGUUUUUCAAUUCAAUCAUGUGUUUAGACAAACUGCUACUCAAGAUGAGAUAUUUAAGGACACUCAACCAGUAAUUAGGUCUGUAAUGGAUGGAUACAAUGUAUGCAUUUUUGCUUAUGGUCAAACUGGAUCUGGAAAAACACAUACUAUGUGUGGAUCAACUAGGGACCAGGGAAUCAAUUAUCUAGCUCUCAGUGAUCUCUUUCGGCUGUCUAAUACAAGGAAGAACAUCAUGAAAUAUGAUAUUCAUGUCCAAAUGGUUGAGAUAUAUAACGAGCAAGUACGAGAUCUUCUUGCCGAAGAUUCUAAAAACACAAAAUUAGAAAUUCGAAGCUGUACUAGUGAAAAUGGCUUGAGUAUUCCUGAUGCUUCCAUGCAUUAUGUGGAAUCCACCAAUGAUGUUCUUAGCCUGAUGAAACGAGGUGAUCUCAAUCGUGUUGUCAGUUCCACUGCCAUCAACAACCAAAGUAGUCGUUCCCACAGUGUCUUGACAGUACAUGUGCACGGUAAAGAUGUAUCUGGAAGUAUUCUUCGCAGUUGCCUCCAUUUGGUGGACCUUGCAGGAAGUGAACGGGUUGAAAAGUCAGAAGUUAACGGUGAUGGCCUCAAGGAGGCACAAUACAUAAAUAAAUCUCUUUCCUGUUUGGGAGAUGUGAUCUCGGCCUUGGCUCAGAAGAGUUCUCACAUUCCUUACCGAAACAGCAAGCUUACGCUACUCCUGCAGAAUGCAUUAGGAGGACACGCGAAAACAUUGAUGUUCGCUCAUGUGAGUCCUGAAGCAGAUUCUUUUGGAGAGACAAUUAGUACUUUGAAGUUUGCUCAGAGGGUCUUGACAGUUGAACUUGGUGUAUCUCAUAUGAACAAAGAGAGCAGUGAGGUUAUGGAACUCAAGCAACAAAUUGAGAGCCUCAAGAAGGCAUUGGCUAACAAGGAAGCACAGACUGUUCGACCUACUAAAUCAAAGGAGCCAAGAUCACCACUUGAGAAACCACCGCAUGCAAGGACUGAACGUACUCCUCCACGCUCCCAAAGGUUGAGCAUUGAAAAUUCCAACAAAACGGAAAUGAAGAGAGCAAUCAAUUCUGUUGACAAAAGGGGACCUAAGGAUCCAGUGCAGAUCAAACUAUCUGAAACUGUGAGCAAUCUCCUACCAUCCGAAGCAGUGUUGGUACAGAAAUAUACCCAAUUUCAAGAUCCUGUAGCAGCCACAAAGCCAUAUGGACAUGUCAGUAAUGGUGAAUCCAUGAUCGACAUAUAUCGUCCAAGGGCUCCUCUGAGUCCAACUCUUCAACCCAAGACACCUGAGCCACCAAAACUUGUUAGAAAUGAGGUUCAUAUCAUGAUGCACGGUGAGUCUAACUUUUCUACGGAGCCUCGAACCCCUGGCUUGACUAGUAAUGCAAAUGGAAAAGGAUCUCACAUAAGGAAAUCGCUUCGGACAAUUGGGAAGCUGAUUAAAGGCUCUGAGAAAAGGAAUCAACAAAAAAUGGUUGAAGCAUCCCCAGUAAAUGGCAUGCGCAAGAUUCAUGAUGCAAGGUCACCAGUUUCGUCUAAUGCAUCCCCACUAACGGGCGUCGUUCAAACAUCAGACAGGAGAUCUUCUCUUGGAGGUAAAUCAACAGACUCUUGUAAGUUAAACUAGCUGAACCCUCAUUUGCAUACCUUUUUGCUUUGUAGUCUACAACGGGGUAUAUUUGCUUAUAUUUGAUGAUUCCAUAUUAUCAAU